GUAUUACUCUCGCCCGGAUGUAAAUAAUGUAUUUCGUAGAAAAGUUGUUUCUUACAAAAGAAAACUUCCAAUGUUCAGAAGACACAAAUACUGAAGCUUGAAAGAAUUUCUGAACUAAAGACUCUGAAUUGAGAGCUUUGAGGAUGCCAUAGAUUGUAAUACAAGAUGACUGAAAAUGCCUGCCAGACUUCAUUAAAUGAUUACAUGACAAAGGUACCUAAUGAAGAAAUACUGAAGUUGAAGGAGGAGAACUUCAUACUUCAAGGAAAAAUUAGAGGAUAUGCAACCUUAGGUAAUCUUCUUCGUGAACAGAAAGAAGAAUGUUCAAAAUUGAAGAAAAUGAAUGAAUCACUGAAAAAACAAGCAACUCCAUCUCCAGGUGCAGGCAGCUUCAGUCAGGACAGUGGUUCAGAGGGAAACCGUUCAUUGAAUGGGGACACUGGAACCAGCUAUAAAGUAAUUCAAAUAAAUCCUGGAGAGGUCAAGCAACAAACUGUUGAAUCGGAAAAUAUAGAUGUUUCUCUAAAAUCUGAUCACAGUUCAAAUGGGAUACCAGAUCCUUGUAUUACGGAGCAAGAUAAAAUACACAAUUAUAAAAAAGUAACCAGAACUUUGUCAUGGACAGACCAGAUGUCUGGUGUUACUUAUCCUCCCAGCGAUAUAUUCCAGCACAUGAAAAUGGACAAAUAUCCUACACAGGAAUCUAUCAGUAGUGACAUUAAAUCAGAACUGUCUGAUCCUCAAAAAAGACCAAUUUCAAUUGCUAGUAAUGGCAUAGAAAACCCUGUCCACAAGGACCACAUGGCAAUGUUGAGGUCAUCGUCAACUAUUGUACAUGUUGGAUCAGAUUCUAAUUCAAAAAGUUUGAACUUGAUGGAAUUUCCAUCUGAACACUUGGAUGACUCUUCUAAAACUGGUUCUUCAUCACACAGUAAGGUUGUGUCUGCAUCGUCAUCUCAAUCAUCUUCAUUCCAGGUAAUCAAGCCUGGUAUGUCUAGACAGUGCUCCAAGUCAGAGACAGCGUUGAGUCUCCAUGUGAAUGAAAUUAUGAAUGGAGACCUUGGGUCAGAUGGCCCUUCACAAAGAAUGAGGAAAAUGUUAGAAGAUAUAUUACCUGACCUCACUAAGAUAGAAGAGGAGAAUGAUAGUUUUAAGGUUGAAAACAAAAGACUGUUGGAAGAAAACCAUCGUCUUUUAAGGAAAGUUCAGCAGUUAGAACUUCAAGUUAAUAAUGUGUCUCCGACAGAGUCCCUGUCAUCACAGACUCAAGUUGUAGACUGGGACUAUGUCAGCAAAUCAGAAUUACAGAAAAAUAAGCUUACAGAAAAAGAGUCAACACAGACAACAGAAAAUUCAACAAGACUUCAAAAACUGGAACAGCAGAACAGAGAGUUGCUGCAAGCCAAUUCAAGAUGGGAGAAAAUGUUCAAAGAAAUGAGAUCUGACCAAGAAAACAAAACAAAACAUUAUCAGUAUCAGAUUGAUACAUUAAAGGAACAGCUUACAAAAAUGAAAUUAGAAGAUGAAACACGUAGAUGUGAAUAUGACAGAAUUUUAUUAACUACCAAAAAUAGACUGGAGGAUGAAGAGUCGGCAAAAGAUGCCCUUCAAGCUCAGUUAGCAGAAUAUCAAGUAUCUUAUGAACAGAUGCAGAAGGAGAAAAGAGAAUUGGACGAAUCAUUAAAUGCAAUAAACAGAGAACAAUUAGCCAGAGAGGCUGAACUUAGUGUUCUUAGGCAAGGUAUAAGUGGAGAUAGUAUUCAGGCUAUACACGUAUCUUCUGACUCGGACCUGAGAACAGAAAUAGCUGUUUUGAGAGAACAGCUUACAGUUUUCCAGGAGGAUUUCGAUAGAGAGAGAAGCGAUCGAGCUAAGGCUCAGUCAGAAAAAGAUGACAUAAAUAAACAAUUAGGAAAACUCAGAACAGAAAAUCAUAAGCUUCUUGAUCAGAAUAAAAGAUAUCAAUCUCAGCUUCAAACUGCAGAAGUUAAUGUUAAAGAAGCCAUUGAAGAGAGCACUAGACUUAAUAGUGCCAAUGUUGAACUCAGAAAUAAAGUUCGUCAGUUGGAAAGUCAACUUUUAUCACAACAAGCACCUCCAACAUUUACACCAAAUAUCACAUCGACAAGACCUCAGCAUUCAUGGAUGGUACAACCAGAGACUGAUCCAUAUGCUAGGCCAUCACCUCCUUAUAUGUUCCACCAAAAUCAAGUUGGACCAGGCAACCUUCAAAGUAAUAGAGAGAGAUACCCACAAGAACAGCAACCAGGAGCAUGGAAUUGUGAUGAUUGCACUUACUCCAACCAUCCAACUCGGUCUGUGUGUGAAAUGUGUGGGAAAAUCAAAUUACCAGGUAUAACAGCAGUCCAGAACCCAUGCUCUUCACCUACAUUAUGGAGAAGAGGAGAAAAUGGAGAACAGAAUGAUUUAUCUUCAGAUUGCGUGCGAUGAAAUCACUGUGGUGAAAUCUAUCUUUUAUUGACUGAAGGAUUUUCAUCCGUUCCUUUUUCUUCUGUGACGUUUUUCGUAUAAGCCAGGAAAGUAAGGAUAAUACAAAUUACUGUGACAUCAUUUGUACUCUUUGGUGAAAAUUUAUGGUGACAGAUAAUUUGACUGUUCUUUACGAUUAGGAUAUUCUACAUAUACUCUGACUGUUUUGUAUAACAAGGAUAUCUACAUAUAAUUUGACUGUUCUUAAUUAUGACGAGGAUAUUCCUCAUAUAUAUAAGAAAAUAACAGCAAAUUCUUUGUCAUGACAAUGUUAGUUCUUUGAAUAACUUUGAAAAUCUUAUUAUUUGAAAAAUACAGAUUUCUUAUUUACUAUUGUCGAAAUGAAAAUUAUGAUGUGUUUCGUUUUUAGGAGAUUGUAAGAUUGCUGUGUAUGCUGUACACGAUAUAAACUUUUUACAUAUUGUUUGUGAUCUGUAUAAAUUUACUGUCUUAUGUGGCUGCUUUCUGUGGAAACUAAAAAUGAUUAUAAGGACUAUUUUUGUACUAGAAGUAAGAAAAAUUACUUUUUAAAGUGUUAACAUUGUAUUUGAAUGUUGACUGUUUACACAUUGGAGAACUCAUAUUUUUACAAAUUGAUGUGCGACAAAAAAACAUUCAGCAAAUUUUCCAAGUCCAAGACAAUAUCUCUUGUUUAAAAUGUUGUUUAAAAAAUACAAAUUAUUGUCCUUAUUUCAGCUUUUUUGCACAAUGCUACUUCAAUUGUCAUUAUAAUUCAAAUCAAGAACAAUGUACUUUCACUUCACUAAAGAUUUAUUUCUUUCUGUCUAUGAUACAUGUUUGAUUGUCUGGAUGAGGUUUACAGAAUAAAGAAUAUUGGACAAAAAGUGCUGAAUAAAGGGCAAAACAAAAUGAAGAAUAGAGAAUAAUGAAGUUUUAAAAUACCAGUGUGGAAAAUAGAGAGAUAAAGAGUAGAAAAAAAAUGGUCCUAAAAAUUUAAGAAUAAUGAAAUGAAGGACCCCCAUCCCAACCCUCAUUUUUACAAAGAUUAACACUCAAUUGUUUAUUUUCGACACUAAGAAUUUUUGACAGAUAAGAGAGAAGGUUCUCAUUUACUGGUGUUCCUUUUCAGUUUACCCUCCCUCCUGAGACUGGCUUUUUUCUUUGACACAAGUUAUCUCCCUUGACCAAGUUGUCAAAUAGAAUUCAAUAUACCAUAUAAUGCUAAGUUUGAUGCUCAGUGCAGAUUGAUUAAAUAUGAAAAAUAAUGCACUAAUGACUUAAUUUUAAGGUGCAGGAGGAGGAUCUGCUAUGUAGUUUUAUUUUAACUGAUAGUAUUUUUUGUAUUUAUAUAAUAUCAGUUGUUUAUGAAACAAGAGGAAGUUUCUCAGCUUCAAUCUUAUUGAAGAGUGAUAGCCUUGAAAUAAGAUGAAGCUGAUAGACUUCUUCUAGUUGGAAAGACCAUCAAUAAUCUAUUCACCACUAUUUUCCUAUACAAUGUCAAUGAUGUAGGACUUAUGAUGUGAUGCAUUCUAUUCCCACAAGUAGCUUUUGAUGGAAAAUUAUCAUACAGAUAGAUCAAAGUAAAAUUUUAGAAAAUAGUGAUAAUGUAUUAUACCUUUGUUAUUAAUAUUAUAUAUAAAUUUUGUAAUGGUAAUUCCUUCUUGUUAAAACUUUUAUUUACAUCACUUAAGAUUUGUUUUGAGAUCUUGUCAUUAACAUUUUGUUUGAGCAAAGACAUUACUUAAAUAUAUAUUUUGCUACAAGAUGUCUUAUACAAAUUUAUUUCAUUGGUUUAAUUAUCAGUUUGGUUAAGGCCUUGGCUCAUAUCUAAUUUUGACAAAAAAUGUGUGUGAAUUGGCCAUCUCUGGUCAAAUAUGUCAAUUUCAACAAUUUUAUGAUGCUUUAAUGACAUCACAACUGACAGUUCCAGAUUACAUCAUUGUAAUCAUUUAUUGAUAAAACAAACAUAACUUUUUAAAGGAUUGAGAAAUCGUACUGUUUUUUUUUAAAUUUCAGGAGCCAGUAAAUGGCUUUUAUCAUGCCUCCUCUUUCCUGAAAAUAUAGAACCAAUAUUGACUUUUCCUGAACCUGCUACUUUCUUUGAAACUCAACCUCAACUUGGAUCUCAACCAACAAUAAUCAUGAUCAAGUAUUGAACCUUAUAAUCCAAUUUUCCCAUAAUUUAUAUCGACCUGCAGUUUGAAAAACAUUUACUGUUAUUUGACAUAAUUGAACCUGUAAAGGGUUCUUUUUCAAAUAAUUUCAAACUUAAUAGAAUGCAUAUACAUGUAUUACAAAUGACAUAUUUUAUUCAAGAGUUAUACAAGCAGAAAUGUCAUCGCUUUAUUUUGAAAUCUCUGAAAGUGCUGUAAUACAUGCUUACUUGAUUGGUGACUUGAGUUUCUCUAGAGCCCCACUUUAGGACGGCAGGUAUGCAACCUUUUCAAAAAGUCAAACUUGAUUAUCUUAAUUAAAGGGUGUAAUUAUAUAAGAUUGGACUGUUUACUCACUUUAUUCUUUCCAGUAGUGUUAACAAGUAGAACAUUUUGACAAGACACAAACUAUUUUGUGACAAAUUUUAUGGAAACACAGUAAAAAUAGUUAGAGUUUUAGAUUAACAUGGAGAAUUUUUGUGAAACUAUAUAUAUAUAUGUUUGUAAUUUAUAUUUUUUUUUAAUUUAAAUUUAAAAUUUAAGUGUUGAGUUUUAGUCAUUAAAUCUAGAUUCAUCUCUGAAUAAUUAGCUUGAUGUAAGCACUUACUGUUGUAAAUAAAAUAAGACAGGUGUUCUCUGUGAAAUAGAACCAAGUCUGUAUUAUUUCCAUGAUACUUUUUUGAAAUCAUAUGGAAGUAAUAAAAGUAUGACUUGGUUAAGGUACAAAUUGGUAAGAAACAGGAACCAGUUAGUUGAGAAUGAGUUGAUAUUGAAAGUCUUAGGAUGCCAUUGAUUCAACCAAAAUGUCAGCCUCUAUUAUCAGGAGCUUUAUGAUAAUUACCUUUUCAAGUUAUUGGAUAUUUAUAGCUACUGGAUAAUUCUGUUUUAAGAAAAAAAUGCAUACCCGUACUAUUUAAACGAUAUACUAUAGCUGUGUAUAUGAACAUGUGCCCUUUAGGUAUUAAAUAAAACAUGAAUACCGUC